CCAACUUGAACCUUUGUGUUAACACGAAGAAAGAAUGAGCGUUCGCCUACCUGCACCAGCCAACAUACCCGACCCAGACGACCACUACGAGUCGGGCUCGUCAAGCAGCGAAAGCGAAGACGACAACGACCAAAACUGGGACGACUGGGUAUCUGAUUCUGAAGCCGUUGAAUGCCCUUCCUUGUUUGAAGACAAGGUCUUACCUUCAGCAGACGAGGCCUUGAAACACGACACUACAACGCAUGGAUUCAACUUGAAUGAAGUGUGCACCAAACUCAACCUCGAUUUCCACCAACGUGUUAGACUGAUAAACUACAUCCGAAAAAAUAAAAUAACGCCGACUGAAGCGCUUGCUAUCAGAGGCACAGAGGAGUGGUUUAGAACGGACGAAUACCUAGCCCCUGUGGUGGAAAACGAUCCUUUACUUCAAAUAUCCUCGGACGACUGGUCAGACGACGAAGACUCACCCUCGCCCCCAAGUGACCCGAUCAAGAAGGUCCAAUGGCUCGAAAAGAAACUUGCCGCAGCUCAGGAACAAGUCGCGGAAUACCGCCGAUUCCUCAAAAGUCGACUCGAGGCUGACGAAAAGUCCACUGAGCCUGAGCAACCACCAAAACGCGACGACGAUACGCACUAUUUCCAGAGCUAUGCUGAAAAUGAUAUCCACGCUGUCAUGAUCAACGACAAGGUUCGAACAGCGACCUACGCGAACUUCAUCCUUACCAGCCCAAGACUAUUUGAGAAUGCCGUCGUGCUCGACGUAGGCUGCGGCACUGGUAUCCUCUCCCUCUUCGCCGCCAGGGCGGGUGCCAAACGUGUCAUUGCCGUCGACGCCAGCGACAUCGGUGAUAAGGCCCGGGAGAUCGUCAAGGUCAACGGUUUUGAGGAUAUCAUCACUGUCGUGCGAGGCAAAGUUGAAGAGAUUGAGCUCCCGGAUGAUAUCAAGGAAGUCGAUGUGAUCAUCUCGGAAUGGAUGGGUUAUGCAUUGCUGUACGAGUCCAUGUUGGAUUCUGUGCUGUAUGCAAGAGACAAGUUCCUCCGACCUGGUGGGACGAUGGCGCCUAGUCAGUGCCAGAUGAUGUUGGGUUUGUGCGAUGCCUCUGAAAUCUAUCGCGAGAGGAUAGGGUUCUGGGAUGACGUCUAUGGAUUCGACAUGUCAGUGAUGGCAAAGGAUCUGUACGACGAAGCUAUCGUCGACGUGGUGGGCCCAGAAACCUUGCUCAGUGCUCCUGUUGUUGUCAAAGAUCUCCUCAUUCGUGAGAUCACGACCCGCCAACUCGACUUCACCACCCCAUUCACUCUGGUCUCAAAUUCGGUCAUGCGCACCAAGAUUACCGCUUUCAUCCUUUAUUUCGACACCUACUUCACUACAUCGGGUAACCCGGUCCCACCUGAGACCCAACCCAAGUACGUGAAGGAAGACGAGCCCGUUCUUGCGGAACUCUGGCCAGUUGGUGGAAAGCCUGCUCCCCAGCGAAGACAGAGCAUCUCCAGCAGGAAAGAAAAGAUCACCAGUUUCAGCACGGGUCCACAGAGCACCCCUACGCACUGGAAGCAGACUUUGUUUAUGCUUCGCGAGCCGUUCUGGGUAUCUGAAGGAACGACCGUUACCGGAACGUUCUACUGCCACAAGAGCGGGGAUAAUAGUCGUGAACUGAAUGUCGAGAUUCACUACUCCGUUCACGGCGAGGAUGGACCUGGACCGACGAUUGUCCAGAUGUAUAAUGUAAGAUAGGCAAGGCGGUGUGUAAGCUAUACUCAGUUUCAGGCGUGGACCUCUGUAAAUGUGAAACGAACGCUUCUUGAUCUUCAA